AUAAAAUGUAUAAUAAUUGGUUAUAUACGGUGAUAUAUAUAUGAGGUCUACAUUCAUUUGACAUUUUAUUUCCUCAGUUCUUAAAGGACCAUACAAAAGCCUAGCAAAACCAAAAAAUCUACAUACCGUGAUCACACAAUGCCUUAAGGGGGCAGAAGGAGCCGUUUAUUGGAAGACAGGUGGGGCCAAAACCCUCCCUAAAGUGUAGCCAAUGUAUGACUCAUUUACCCUUACAUAUUUAACCUGGAGUAACUUUGCAAGGAUCCUGUGAAACACUUUCGUAACAAUCAGAUGUUUGGCUUUACAACCAUCAUAAAGAAACAAUGGGUACAAUGGUAAUAGAAAUAGCAGCAUUUCUUGUAGCUAUAGUAGGCUGGGUGCUGGUAUCUUCCACUUUACCAACAGAUUACUGGAAAGUGUCUUCAAAUGAUGGCACAGUAAUUACUACAGCCACCUUCUGGUGCAACCUCUGGAAGAUAUGUGUGACGGAUUCUACUGGAGUCUCCAACUGCAAAGACUUUCCCUCUAUGCUUGCGUUAGACGGUUACAUCCAGGUGUGCAGAGGCCUGAUGAUCUCAGCAGUGUGUCUUGGUUUCUUUGCCACUGCCUGUGCUCUGGUGGGAAUGAAGUGCACCAAAAUUGGAGGAAGUGAUCAACUCAAAGCACGAAUUGCGGGCUUUUCUGGACUUCAGUAUUUUAUUGGUGGUCUCUGCUCUUUGACCGCCUGCUCGCUGUAUGCCCACAGGAUUAUGUCUGAAUUUUUUGACCCCAUGUUUGUCGACCAAAAGUAUGAACUAGGGGCAGCCCUGUUCAUUGGUUGGUCGGGAUCUGCCCUGUGCAUUUUGGGAGGGAUUGUGUUCUUGAUGUCACUGUUUGAUGGCGUCAACAAAAGCUCAAGUAGCAUGGACAGAAGACGAUAUGUCUAUAGCACAUCCACUUAUGUUUCUAGUCCCGAGAAGACACAAAACCAUCCAACCAACAUCAGAAAGCCCCUUACAGAAUACAGUACCACCUCAAAAAACUUUGAUAAAAAUGCCUAUGUAUGAAAUUUACAAAAGGAAAAAAACUGCCACACUUCUAUUAUCACAAUCAUUCUGGUGGAGAGAAAGCAGCUGGUUAUAGGAAAUUAUCUUCAAACCCCAGUUUAGGUUUUUGCUAUCUGAUAGAAAAGUGUCCUGGUUAGCAACACAAUCAAAUAUAGCAAUGAAAUUAAUAACAUUACAUCCUAAAUUAAAUAAAAUAGCUUAGAUAGUGAAGAAAUGUUUACAAGUUUCAAUUAGAAAAUCAGAUAUUAAAUGUUCAAAUAUUCAGUUUUCUCCCCACAUUUAUAUACUUCUGGGUAUAUACAGAGUCUAUAGAUUAUAGGUCUACAGAGUCAAAUUAAUGGGGAAAAACAUUUAUUUUUUGCAUGAUUUAUUAUGUAUGAUUUGAACAAACUAUUUAAUAUUAUACUGUUGGUUAUAAUGAUUGUAAAAGAGUGCAGUUGAUAUUCUGCAUAUUUUUUCCAUGGUUUUUUAUAUACAUUAGCAUGAUAAGUUGUUCAAUUUGCCACACUACUACUACUACUACUACUACUACUACUACUACUAGUACAGAUCUGCUUAAAGUUUUUUGUUGUUUUAUUUUUCAUCUUCAAGGUACCCUACGAUUUCACUGAUUCUGUGGUUAUUACAUUAUUGCCAUCAUGAUACAUUUACAUUAAACCAAACAGUAACACUUUCUGUGAAAGACUUUCUAUGAUUUAAUAGAUUAUUAUGCUUUCAGUGAGUUAACAAUUACCAUUAAUUAACAUAUUUAGUCAACGAUUUAUCACACUUAAUUAUUACUUAGUAGAUUAAAUAUUUCCUCAUUGGUUACUGAGUAGCUGAAAUGUUAAAUACACUAUCAAAAGUAUGGCAACUUUUGAAAUGUAUAAUUUCCUGAAUUAGGAUCAUACUUUUAUUGGUUACUUUUUUAGAUCAAUACCUUUAGCCCAAGUUUUAUUUAUUUAUUUUUUAAUAAAUGUAAGUGAAGAUAUUUGUUUCGCUAUUUUGUCCACUAAUAACAUUUGACUAAACUCUACUUAUUCUAUGAUUUCAAAACCGUCCAAUAUUAAUAUUUAUGAUGUUUUUAUAUAUGAUUAAUCAUACAUAGCCAUAUUGAUGACCUGCUCUGUGUACUUCUUAGGCUUAGGAAAUUUGUGAUUUUCCUUUAUAAAGUGUAUCAGUGUGUCCAACAACACAGCAGCUCUGUUAUGACCUAGGAUACAAGUGAAUCAAUUAUGCAGAUAAAUCCAUGCUCUCUACAGAAAUUAAACAAUGAUUAAACAAAAUCAAAUAUGAAAUUUUUGCAUGUGUAAAGGCCCUACUUCAUUGUGCUUAAAAGAAUUGUGUCCUACUACUACACCUUUGCCUUUUAUUAUUAAUGGAUGAUUAAUUUUUUUUUUUUUGAUCAUAUUGUAAUGUAUAUUUGUAAUAAAAAUAAAAUAUCCA